AUGGUGCCCCAUUGGGUGCCCAGAUGGCCUGUGUGGUUCUUCCUGGCCUCCCCAAGAUGGCGGCAGACAGCAUGUACUCUCAGACCCUCAGUGGAGCAGAGGAGGUGGCUGGGCAGCCGCUGGCUGGCUGGGGUGGCCAGUCCCCUGGCCUACAGAGGCUGCUCUUCAGCAUCCUCCCACACCUCUAAGGUGACGCUGACCAAGGAUCGCUACCCUGUGCAGCGGCUGCCAUUCUCCGUGGUGUCUGAGGAGGACCUGGCCACCUUUGAACGCAUCAUCCCUGGCAGGGUCAUAACAGACCCAGAGGAACUGGAGGCUCCCAACGUGGACUGGCUGAGAACAGUCCGAGGCUGUAGCAAGGUGCUGCUGAGGCCCCGGACAACAGAGGAGGUGUCCUGCAUCCUCAGGCACUGCCAUGAAAGGAACCUGGCUGUGAACCCACAGGGGGGAAAUACAGGUAUGGUGGGGGGCAGUGUCCCCAUCUUUGAUGAGAUCAUCCUCUCCACUGCCCUCAUGAACCAGGUCAUCAGCUUCUACAGUGUAUCUGGAAUUCUGGUUUGCCAGGCGGGGUGCAUCCUGGAGGAGCUGAGCCGGUAUGUGGAGGAACGGAACUUCAUCAUGCCGCUGGACUUAGGAGCCAAGGGCAGCUGCCACAUUGGGGGAAAUGUGGCGACUAAUGCAGGUGGCCUGCGGUUUCUUCGAUAUGGCUCGCUGCACGGGACUGUCCUGGGCCUGGAAGUGGUACUUGCCGAUGGCACCAUCCUGAAUUGCUUGACGUCCCUGCGGAAAGACAACACUGGCUAUGACUUGAAGCAGCUCUUCAUUGGGUCAGAGGGCACCCUGGGGGUUAUCACGGCCGUGUCCAUCCUGUGUCCGCCCAAGCCCAAGGCUGUGAAUGUUGCUUUCCUCGGCUGUCCAGGCUUUGCUGAGGUUCUGCAGACCUUUAGCACCUGCAAGGGCAUGCUGGGCGAGAUCCUGUCUGCGUUCGAGUUCAUGGAUGCCGAGUGUAUGUGGCUAGUCAGACACCAUCUCCACCUGACCAGGCCGGUGCAAGAGAGCCCAUUUUAUGUCCUUAUCGAGACCUCGGGCUCCAGUGCUGGCCACGAUGCUGAGAAGCUGGGCAACUUCCUGGAGCACGUGCUGGACUCUGGCCUGGUGACUGAUGGGACUUUGGCCACUGAUGAGAGAAAAAUCAAGGUGCUGUGGGGCCUGAGAGAGAGGAUCACAGAGGCGCUGAGCCUGGAUGGCUAUGUGUACAAGUACGACAUCUCCCUCCCUGUGGAGCAGCUCUAUGACAUCGUGACUGACCUUCGCAUUCGCCUUGGCCCACGCGCCAAGCAUGUGGUGGGCUAUGGCCACCUGGGGGAUGGCAACCUGCACCUCAACGUGACGGCAGAGGCCUUUAGCACGUCACUUCUGGACACCCUGGAGCCCCACGUGUAUGAAUGGACGGCUAAGCAGCGGGGCAGUGUCAGUGCUGAGCAUGGUGUUGGCUUCAAGAAGAGGAAUGUGGUUGGCUACAGCAAGCUUCCCGCGGCCUUGCAACUCAUGCAUCAGCUCAAGGCUCUGCUGGACCCCAAGGGCAUCCUGAAUCCUUACAAGACGCUGCCCAGUCAGGCUUGAUGGACGUCUGCUCCCGCUUCGGCCAGUGCCUGUCAGGCUCAGUGAGUGGAUGGGGCAGGGGCCUUGGUCCAGCCUUGGUCAUCCAUGUUGUUGGUUUGGGAUGGACAUGCAGGGCUGAAGUGUGGACAAAGGCCUCUGAGCCAGCAGGAGGCAAGAUGACCUGGUCACUGGGUCAGGGGCCCAGGAGCCUGCAGGACACAGACUUUCGGGCAGAGGAGCCUUCAGCAGAGCUGGGGCAAGCUGUUGGUCCCUUCCUGGUUCCUCCUGUCUCCUCUGUAGGGCAGGGGUAGUGCCUCUUGCUGGCCUUCCUGGACAGGCCAGAGUGGGAGCAGCUUUGCCCACUCAGAAACAGGCCAGGUCUGGCCUCCUGGGAUGUCCCCUGGGUUCUGCCUUGCUUGCUCCAGCCCUCAGGAGGGGGCCCUAGUGGUUUCUCUACCUGUUUGCUGCUGAGUCCCCUACAGUAUGUGUCCCUGCUGCGGGCAGAACUGAUGGACUCCUUGUGGCCAUGACCUUGAGUUACCAAGAUGACCCAGAGCUGAGGCUCUGAUGAAUGGAGCCAGUUCUGACAGACUGUGGAUGUUUGAGGAAUGGUGAUUGGGGGGCAUGUUUGGGUGACAGGAAUGUAUCAUUUUUGCUUCUGCAGGAGUGUCUGUGGUCCUGUGAGCGAGAAGCUCCAACACAGACAUGCCACUACUGCAAGGAGUGCUUCUGCUCGUAGGGCCCAGACCUAGAUUGCCCUGAUGGACCCAUGGCCCCUGGGUGAGAGGCAGACUGUUGAGACAUGGUCUGGGAGGUUGGACACGUUUCUUCUUUCUGGCUGUCAUAAAUUUCCAGUAAAAAUGAAUUGAUCAAACCUUC